CGCUCGGCGCGGCGCGGCCGGGGCCCGCCGGCCCUUUGUCCCUCCCGGGCCGCGGCCGCUCCGCGCGGGGAGGCGCUGUCAGGCCCGCCCUUCUGCCGCCGCGGCCCGGGAGACCGGGCGGCUGCCCAGCUGACCACUGACCAUUCAUUGGCGCGGCGCUGCCCGCGUGCCCCGGACGCCGCGAGAGCCGGCCAGCGAGGCGCACCCGCCCGGGUGGCGUUGUGCCCUGCGCCCCCAGGCCGAGGGCGAGCGCGGACGGGCGGAGGAAGCGGGGUCCUCUCCGUCAUGGCCAGGCGCCCCCGGAGCAGCAGGGCGUGGCGUUUCGUCCUGAGCGCUGCCCGCCGGGAUGCGGACGCCCGGGCUGUGGCCCUGGCCGGCGCGGCGGACUGGGGCUACAACUCUGACGGGCAGCACAGCGAUUCCGACUCUGACCCGGAGUGCGCGGCCCUGCCGCCCGCCAUCCCCAGUGCCGUGCCCGUGACCGGGGAGUCCUUCUGUGACUGCGACGGCCAGAGCGAGGCCGCCCCCCGCAGCAGCCCGCACGGCGCACACCGCAGCGAGGACUGCCGCUGCGGGGAGGACGCGGAGCACUUCGACUGGGUCUGGGACGACCUGAACAAGUCCUCGGCCACCCUGCUGAGCUGUGACAACCGCAAAGUCAGCUUCCACACGGAGUACAGCUGCGGCACCGCGGCCAUCCGGGGCACCAAGGAGCUGGGCGAGGGCCAGCACUUCUGGGAGAUCAAGAUGACGUCGCCCGUGUACGGCACCGACAUGAUGGUGGGCAUUGGGACGUCGGACGUGGACCUGGACAAGUACCACCACACGUUCUGCAGUCUGCUGGGGCGGGACGAGGACAGCUGGGGCCUGUCCUACACAGGUGAGCUGCCCGCGGCGCGGCGGGGCGGGGCGGCAGAGGCCCUCGGCUCACGGCUCGGCCGCCCGCCUGCCCACAGGGCUCCUGCACCACAAGGGCGACAAGACCAGCUUCUCCUCCCGGUUCGGCCAGGGCUCCAUCAUCGGCGUGCACCUGGACGCCUGGCACGGCACGCUCACCUUCUUCAAGAACAGGAAGUGCAUAGGGGUGGCCGCCACCAAGCUGCGGAACAGGAAGUUCUUCCCGAUGGUGUGCUCCACGGCGGCGCGGAGCAGCAUGAAGGUGAUCCGCUCCUGCGCCAGCGCCACCUCCCUGCAGUACCUGUGCUGCUUCCGCCUGCGCCAGCUGCGGCCGCACUCGGGCGACACCCUGGAGGGCCUGCCGCUGCCGCCCGGCCUCAAGCAGGUGCUGCACAACAAGCUGGGCUGGGUGCUCCGCAUGAACUGCAGCCACCGCACGCCCCCGGCGCCCUCGGCCGCGCCCGCCGGCUGCCAGAGGAAGCGCUGCCGGCGGACCUGACUCGCCCUGCGCCUGCGCCGGGGGAGCGCCGGGUCCCAUUUCUCGCCCCGCACCGGGUCAGCAGAGGGCCUGGCCCCGCUCACCUGAGGCCAGGACAGUCCCUCCUGUAGGGGCCAGCCCCGCCCUCAGCCACGCCCACGCAGGCGUGGACCUGGGCAGCUGCCGAAGCCCACGGCCCCUCUGCUCUCCCUGCGUGCUCGGCUGUUCCUGCAAUAAACAGGUUGUGUCUCA